UUCUCAGUUUACCGGACUAUCCGUCAGACGAACUGGACAGUUGGGAACUGAGGGGUCUGCGUAACUGUCCGGCAGUUGGCCGUCUAUGGAGGGCGGCCACCACGUGCGGCACAGGUCGUUGCCGCCACCGCUUCAUAGUUUGGAGGAGCUUUGCAGAAAAACCAAGUUCUCAAGAAAAGAGAUCCAACUCAUGUAUCGGGCUUUUAAACAGGAAUGUCCGAACGGUUAUGUAGAAGAAGACACGUUCCGAUUCAUAUUUUCUCAUUUCUUUCCAUACGGAAAUGCCAGCCUUUAUGCCCAUUACGUCUUCAGAACUUUCGAUCAGAACAAAAAUGGAGCCAUCACAUUUAAAGACUUCAUCCAGUGUCUGUCCGUGCUGUGCCGCGGAAGUAUUCAGGAAAAACUCCAUUGGGCCUUUAAGUUGUACGAUCUGAACGGUGACGGUCGCAUCACGAAAAAAGAGCUGACGGAUAUCAUCUGUUCCGUGUACGCCCUCAUGGGGCGCAAAUCUUUCACGGGAGCGGAAGAGAAGGCCCUCCGGGAACACGUGGACAAGACGUUCCAAAAAAUGGAUAUCAAUAAAGAUGGCGUUGUGACCAUGGACGAAUUUAUGGAGAUAUGUUCCAAAGACGAGACCAUCGCUCAGUCCCUGGCCUUGUUCGACACUGUGCUGUGAAAACCUGUCCUUCGUCACUGCGUACUCUUCCACAUCUAAAGCAGCCUUCCAACUGUGCUAGUCAUCUCUUGCACAUCUCAUCAGAAGAAGAUUACAUGACUUGGUGCCCCUGUUGGUGAUUUAUAUCGUGAACCUAAUGUUUUUAUGACCUUCUGUGGGACGAUGUACCUCAUUAUCAAAGUGGAGUAGAAUAUAGACACAAACAUUUUACGAUUAAGAUCUUGGCAUGGCAGAUUUUACGACUUGUUCCUGUCUGCCAUUGAUAUUCUGAAGAUUUGCUGCUGUGCUCUUUGCACUGCUGGUACGCUUCGUAUAUUUUUGUGAACUUCCCCCUGUUACGUGUGGCAUAUUUCUUGUAUGUAAUAACACGUGUAUUUUGGAUAACUUGAUAUCAUUGUAUGUAGUGAAACUGUGUACUUCAUAUUGUAUAUUUUACCGAUUAUGGAAACUAUAAAAAAAAGAGUUUAAGAAAAAUUCUGUAGGUCAAAAAUGAAAGAGGAUAGCCAGGAAAUCAAA